UCCUCGCUCCCCGUGAUGACAGCUUCCUGCGGCAUCCGCUCCCUCCCCGGGGGAGCCUCAGUCCCCGGCCCUUCCUUCCUUCAAGGCGACUCUUCAGUUUGUCAGCCCCUCCCCUGGGGCAGCCCCUGUUCUGCGCUCUCCCACCCCCAGCCGGGGCCCCGUCCCCGGGGGGACCCCUUCCCAGGACUGCGGCCCUCCCGCGGCGCCUUCUUCCGGCCCGCCCGCCCCCUGGAGGCGCCCAGUCUCAGCGACCUCCCCGACGCCCCCAGCCUCCCUCUCACCUUCAGGACUUCCGCCAGAAACAGCACCCAGGACGAUCUUCCAGAGAGUCUUGGAUAUCUUGAAGAGAUCUUCUCAUGCUGUUGAGCUGGCCUGCAGGGAUCCGACCCAGGUGGAACAUCUGGCUUCCAGCCUGCAGUUGAUAACGGAGUGCUUCCGGUGUCUCCGGAAUGCUUGUAUAGAGUGCUCUGUGAACCAGAAUUCCAUCAGGAACUUGGAUACGAUUGGUGUUGCUGUUGACCUGAUUCUUCUGUUUCGUGAGCUGCGUGUGGAGCAGGAUGCCCUGUUGACAGCUUUCCGCUGUGGCCUGCAGUUCUUGGGCAACAUCGCCUCACGCAAUGAAGACUCCCAGUCUAUUGUUUGGGUGCACGCUUUCCCAGAACUCUUCAUGUCUUGCUUAAAUCAUCCAGACAAAAAAAUUGUUGCUUACUGCUCAAUGAUCUUGUUUACAUCUCUUAAUCGUGAAAGAAUGAAGGAACUGGAAGAAAACCUUAACAUUGCGAUUAACGUCAUAGAAGCUCACCAAAAGCAGCCAGAAUCAGAAUGGCCGUUCCUGAUUAUUACAGACCACUUUCUGAAAAAUCCGGAAUUGGUGCAAGCCAUGUACGCCAAACUGAGCCAUCAGGAAAGGGUCACACUUUUAGACCUUAUGAUUGCCAAGCUGGUGAGCGAUGAACAGCUGACCAAAGAUGAGAUCUCCAUGUUUCUGCACCACGCCGAGCUGAUCGCAAGCUCCUUUGUGGACCAGUGCAGGUCUGUGCUUAAGCUGACCUCCGAGCAGCACGCUGAGGAUGAGGAAGUGCUGGCCACAAUCAGGCUCCUAGAUGUACUGUGUGAAAUGACAGCCAAUACUGAGUUACUGGGCUAUCUGCAAGUUUUUCCUGGCCUACUGGAAGGAGUGAUUGAUCUUUUGCGAGUGAUUCAUGUAACUGGAAAUGAUACCUCAAACAUCUUCAGUACCUCUGGUUGUGUAAGAGCAGAAGGUGACGUCUCCAAUAUGGCAGAGGGGUUCAAGUCUCAUCUCAUUCGUCUGAUUGGAAAUCUGUGUUACAAGAAUAAAGAGAACCAGGACAAGGUGAACGAGCUGGACGGCAUUCCACUGAUCCUGGACAGCUGCAGCAUCGAUGACAGUAACCCCUUCCUGACCCAGUGGGUGGUGUAUGCCAUCCGCAACCUCACCGAGGACAACAGCCAAAACCAAGAUCUGAUCGCCAAGCUGGAGGAUCAGGGCCUGGCAGAUGCCUCGCUCCUCAAGAAGAUGGGGUUUGAAGUUGAAAAGAGGGGGGAGAAGCUGAUCUUGAAGUCCACUCGUGACCCCCCGCCACGUGAUUGAACUCUCCACCCAAACAUCUGAACUCUCACAAUGUGUUUUGUGGAAUUUUCAUCCUCGCAGUAUACGAAACUGCAGGUGUCUGAAGAUGUCCAAGUCCACCUUUGGGAACCUCUGAAUCCUUUAGGUAAUAGAGCUCAGUGUGUGCGAGCUAUAAGUGAAAGUGCCCAGUUUUGCUUUCUUUGUGUGCAUUCAGUGUAACUGUCUGUGUGCCUUUGUCCCUUGGGUAGCGUAUGCGUUUGCGUUGUAGGCCGUACUUAACUGUGGCAGCAGAUAAUAAAUCUUCUCUCGGGGGUGCAGCCCUCAUUUGUCAAA